AUGUCGCGGGUCUCUUCGAUGGCUAUGCCGAUCGAUUCGAUGAACAUUUGGUUGAAACCUUGGAGUAUCGGACUCCAGAGCUGCUGUCCCAAGAGCUCGUGCAGCUUUUGGAGUUCCAUUUGGCCCAGGAAGAGCCACUCUUCGGGGUGUGUGCAGAUUUGGGCUGCGGAACUGGCCUCAUGGGCCCGUACUUGCGUGAACUUGGGGUCACAUAUUUGGAGGGUGUUGACCUAUCAUCCAAGAUGCUUCAGGUCGCCAAGGAGAAGCAACGUGGCUAUGACCGACUUCUUUGUGGUGAUUUGGUGGACGUGUUCCAAAGCGAUACCAAAUUUGACCUGGUGGUGGCAGCAGACGUUUUCGUCUACGUCGGCGACCUGGCACCGGUGCUGCGCGCCUGCCACGCGCGGCUUGCGGACUGUAGGUCUGUCGUGGCCUUCAGCACUGAGGCCCCGCCGCGGAGCGGCAGUGCCAACGAGCAUGAGUCCGCUCUGGCCGAGGCCGCAAACGGCGCAAACCAGGGGAGAAUAA